AUGUCUCAAUCACUGGGCCACAUUCAGACCCCCAUUCAAACAGAAACACAAACACAAACAUCACCCCCUGCACCAUCAACAUCACAUCUCGAUCGCGUAGGCUACCUCUUCGGUUACCCAAUCGCCCAUUCCCUCUCUCCUCUCCUACACGCCACAGUCUAUUCCUCUCUCAACCUCAACUACGAAUACAUACUCUACGAGUCCCGCUCAAUAGAAUCAUGUCUCGCGCUCACCCGCGACCCGAAAUUUUACGGCGCCGCCGUCACCAUGCCGCAUAAAGUCAACAUAAUUCCGUACCUCGAUGUUCUCACGCCUGAAGGCGAGGCGAUCGGUGCAGUUAAUACUAUAUUCUUGCGGUCAGCGCCAGAUGGGACGAGGCUGCUUUGCGGUACGAAUACGGAUUGUAUUGGGAUCCGAGAGGCAAUAUUGCAAAAUACAACCAGUGAAGAUGCAGUGGGCAUGAAAGGAAAGCCGGGUAUGAUAAUUGGUGGUGGUGGGACGUGUCGAGCGGCUGUGUAUGCGCUGAAGAAUUUCUUGGAGUGCUCGGAGAUCUAUCUCGUCAAUAGAGAUAAGUCAGAAGUCGAUGCUGUGAUUGCAGAGUGCACAGCGAAGGGUUUCGGUGGGAAUCUGCGAUAUGUGUCUACGGUGGCUGAGGCGAAGUUGUUACCUGCGCCAAGAGUGAUCGUGAGUGCUGUCCCGGACUUCGAGCCGAAGACUGAGGAUGAGAAGAGAGCGAGAGGCAUUGUGGAGACGAUGUUGUCGAAGAAGGAGAAGGGUGCGAUUUUAGAAAUGUGUUACCAUCCUAGUCCGGAUACCGCGGUUGCGAGGUUAGCAAAUAGGAGUGGCUGGCAGCUCAUUGGGGGUAUUGAAGCCAUGAUAUGGCAAGGUUUGGAGCAAGAUCAGAUUUGGCUAAGGAAGAAGGUGAGUACACUGCCGGUGGAAGAAGUGAAAGCAAUUCUGGCUCCCAAGGAGACGAAUGCUCGAUUAUGA